AUGAUCCCGACUCGCCCGCCUUCUACUUCGAUCCCCUCAUCAAUCCAAUAUCACUUCAGUCACGAAGACAUGAUAUUCAGGCCGAACGAUGUUGACGACGUCGAUUUUGAGCUCCCAGAAGAUCUUGACCCAUUCCUCGAGAAGCUGCUGGAGAAUGGUGUUACCGCUGAUGCCAUUGCCCUCUGGUGGGCGCCUGACCCCUACAGCCGUCGUUCGGGACAUACGCAACAAGUGCAGGAUAUACCACUCGUCAAGAACUGGUAUCUUGAGCAUCGCCCUCCCGGUCAGCCUGUGAAAGUUUGCGUCUCACAACGCACCGACUUGGGAGGCAAUCACCACGCACAUCUACCGCGCGAUCUCGCACUGCACAAACAAGCCAAGAGUACAGAAUAUCUAUGGAACCGAUGUCGAAUCUCUCUCACUCAUUCCCCCGUCGCAUGCACAGAGGCCGCCAAUGCGAACGCUGCAAAUAAUGGUCAGCAAGGGGACGUCGAUAGCGAGGAAAACCUACCAGCAGCACUGCAGACGCCGACGGCACACCUCCGAGCUGGAAACUGCGCAGCACAAACACGAGCAGAGGAGAACACCAAGGAGAGGAGAGCGGACGAGCGGAAAAUGCAAGGGAAAUGGAAUGAAGACUUCACCGAACCCGCGCUGCACCCUCCCAGUUCCCAGCCUCCUAUGCUACACACCCACAGGACCAGGACCCAUCGUAAGCUUCCCGCGCAGAACGCAACAGCACCGCAGACGUCUUCCUCCGCCCUUAUCCAGCCGAAAAGGUUAUGA